AUGUGGGUAGAUUAUGAGAACAACCGUGUCGAAUCUAGUCAGGAGUUAUUUGGUUCUUUAGUUCAUCAGGAAGCAUAUGCCCUCAUAUCCAGUUUAGCCCCUCCAGGGAUGGAAUUCCAGCACACAGCAGCUCUUAAAUCUGAAUACAAUAGCUGUAAUGCUAUAACUACUGAUCAAAGGAACACCUGCUUACCGGAGCAAAUGCAGUCUCCGGCUCAGGAAACACAUGUAUUAGAAGCAGUCCAGCGUCCUGCACCACUCUGUCGACAAUUCUGGAAAGCUGGAAGCUAUGACAAAGUCUCCUCACAGUCCUCAGCAUCUUUGGUUCCAAACACUAAGACACAUAUGCAUGUUCACCCCAAGUUCCUUCACUCUAAUGCCACAUCUCACAAGUGGGUUUUUGGAGUUUCCCCUUGUCUUAAAGGUUGUAUAUUAUCCAUAAACAGUGUUAGUAUUUGUUUUGUUAUCUCUUACUGCUAUGGACUUUUUCAUGCAGCUGUGGCGGAGCUUCUGGACAAUGCAAUUGAUGAGAUCCAAAAUGGAGCCACUUUUGUAAUGGUAGAUAAAAUCUCUGAUCCAAAAGAUGGGAGUCCAGCGUUGCUCAUCCAAGACGAUGGAAGUGGUAUGGACCCAAAAGCAAUUCGGCGAUGUAUGAGUUUUGGAUUCUCAGAAAAGAUGUCCAAGAAUACCAUUGGGCAAUAUGGAAAUGGGUUCAAGACCAGCACCAUGAGACUUGGAGCAGAUGCUAUAGUCUUCAGUCGAAAAGUGGGCAGUGGGAUAUUAACCCAAAGUGUUGGUCUGCUUUCCUACACAUUAUUGUCUCACACAAGGAUGGGCAGAAUAGUAGUACCUAUGAUUGAUUAUGAGUACACUUUGUCAACUGCAGCCUGGAAACCUCUGUAUCGUGAUGGUACAGAGAAUUUUCAAUCAAAUAUCUCUAUCAUUUUGCAGUGGUCUCCAUAUUCAACUGAAGCAGAGCUUCUGAAGCAAUUUGUUGACAUUGGAUCUCAUGGUACCAAAGUUAUCAUCUAUAAUUUGUGGUUUGCUGAUGACGGGAAGCUGGAAUUGGAUUUCGAUAGUGACCCUGAGGAUAUCCGCCUGAAAGGUUCAAACAAUGCUCGGAAAAAUGCAAAAACGUUGCCAACAGAAGAGCACAUUGCCAACCAAUAUCAUUAUUCUCUCCGGGUAUACAUGUCCAUAUUGUAUUUGCAGCUCCCCCAAAAUUUUAGUAUGAUAUUGCGUGGAAAAGUGGUUGAGCAUCAUAGUAUAGCACGCGAUCUAAAAUUCCCAGAAUUCAUUGUGUACAGACCUCAUACUAAGGAGGGUGAUAUUUUAACAACAAUAGGCUUUCUGAAGGAAGUUCAUGAUGUCAAUAUCCAUGGUUUCAAUGUCUGCCAUAAGAACCGCCUUAUACUGCCAUUUUGGGAAGUUGCCCCUUAUAGCAAGAAUAGAGGAAGAGGCGUUGUUGGGGUCUUGGAAGCAAACUUUGCUGAGCCUAUUCAUAACAAACAAGAUUUUGAGAGGACUUCCAUCUUCCAAAGGCUUGAAACACGCUUGAAGAACAUGGCAUGGGAAUACUGGGAUAAUCACUGUGGACUUAUAGGAUAUCAUGUCAAUCACAGUAAGAAACCCGCUGUGUCAUCACUGCAAACGCCAUAUGAUCUUCCUAGAAGUGCUAGGUUCGAACCUGUAGUAUUGGAUAAUAGUACAAUGUCAGAUUCAGCCAAUGAUGAUGAUCCUGGUCUUGGUGUACUCGUUGGAUCUGUAUCUCAAAGAAAAGGCCAACACCAAGAUUCUACAGGGACCAAAAAUCCCAUCUCGUCUGCUCUUACAAGUACACAGAUUAGCUUAACACCUGAGGCUACUAACAUGGAGAACUUCACCAAUGUCCAGCUUUGCACUUUUGGAGCAAAUGAGCAGAGAAAACAGGAAGCUGUGUUGAUGAUACAGGAGCAUAAGGAACUUCGGUUAAAAUGCUUAGAUUUUGCGAAUAGAGAGAAAGAGCUUAUUCAGAAGGUUUCACUGCUUAAAAAGGAGCUUGAAGAAGAAAAAAACAGAUAUGGCAGGAUGUUGAGCGAACUGCCAAAGCUUAGAACUACUCUCUAGCAGAAAGUAUGUACACAUUCGGUGCUUUAUUUUGUUUUUGAAUUGCUAAGACUAAUCUUUCUUUUAUCUUAAUCCUAUACAUAAGAAUACAGAGAAUAUCACCCUAAAAUAGUACACUUGUGUGAUGAGUUUCCCAUCACAGGUAACAUCCGAACGAUGCUGGUUAGCUUAUGCAUGUUGCUGGAGCUAGGCAUUUUUUGAAGUACACUUCAGACUUUCAGAGUAGUUAUAUUACUUAUAUAGUUAUAUGUGCUGUUCACAGCGUACAGUAUGGUCUGGUUUCCCAUUUUUCUGCCUGGGUAGUCAUUUUUGUGACUGGUGGAAGGCCUUUUUUUCUCUGUUAGGACCUUAAGGUUUUGCACUUUUGGUUAAUUUGGCUUUUCAUAUGAACUAGGAAAAUCUCUAUAUUUUGUGCUUAUUGAGUUAUUUAGAAAAAAAAAAACUUUAAACAUAUAGAUUUAUUGUAAUUUGGUUGGUGGUAUAGCUGGUAGGGAAAAUGCAAGAAUUGGUCAGUAUUAGCAGGAGAUAAUGGAACAAUUGUGUAGCUUUGUCUGACGUGGAAAACAUGGAAAGAAAUUAGACUCCAACCCAUAUGUUUGGAAUGGAUUGGUUUACGCCU